AUGCCCGAUCAAACAUGGAAAUGGAUGAAAUUUGAUAACUAUAAACAUCAGCUGAAAGCACCAUUUGUUGUUUACGCUGAUACUGAAGCGUAUCUGAAGGGGCUCAGUAUGGAGGAUCAGAAUCGUAUAUUUAGUGAGGAGUGUGCAACUACUGCAUAUCAGCAGCAUCAUAUGUACAGCGUUGGAUAUUAUUUUAAAUGUGAAUUUGACGAUUCAUUUUCAUAUUACCGAAGUAGCGGCAAUCAUACUGAUAGUGUCGAAUGGUUCAUCACAGAAUUGAAGGAAAUCGCUCAUGGAGUUGCAAUGUUAUUUGAUAAAAACACACCAAUGCUACCGUUAACUGAAGAUGAGAAAUAUUCAUUUCACGAUCCAAAUGCAUUAUGUACAAUUUGUGGUGAUAUUUUUGAAGCAAAUGAUAUUAGAGUACAUGAUCACUGCCAUCUCACCGGCCGAUAUAGAGGUCCAGCCCAUCAAGCAUGCAACUUACAGUUCCAAGAUAGCCACGUUGUACCCGUUAUUAUGCACAAUUUGUCGGGUUACGACUCACAUUUAUUCAUAAGAGAGUUGGCAGCAAAUAAUAUUAUAAAUGGAGAUGUUUCAAUUAUUCCAGCUAAUGCGGAACAAUACAUUGCAUUCACGAAAGUAGUAACAGGGACACAAAUCGCUAUGCUUGAACGUAAAGGCGUUUUCCCUUAUGAAUAUGUGAGCGGUAUGGAGCAGCUGAAGGAAACAAAUCUACCAUUAAAAGCAGAGUUUUACAGCAAACUUAGUGGAGAAGGAAUAUCGGAUGACGAUUACCAAUUUGCUCAUGAUAUCUGGCGGAAAUUCAAUUGUAAAACGCUCGGAGACUAUUCUGAACUGUAUCUAAAGACAGAUGUGCUACUAUUGGCCGACGUAUUUGAAAAUUUUCGAAAUACAUGCCAUACAAUUUACAAUUUGGAUCCGGCAAACUACUAUACAGCUCCAGGUCUUUCGUGGGAUGCCAUGCUCAAAUAUACCGGAGUGCGAAUUGAACUGAAAUCUGAUGUGGAAAUGUUGCUGUUCAUCGAACGUGGAAUUCGCGGUGGCAUAACAAAUAACCUGUAUGGACAUGCAAUGUCGCAACCAUUACCGCUGAGAGAUUUCAAAUGGAUUGAAGACAACAUUGUGAAGACAUCUUUUUCAGAUGCAGAUGAAAUAGCUAAAUUAGCUGACGAUUCAACAUACGGCUAUAUAUUCGAGCGAACGCUUCCGCAAGAAGUGUUCGAUAUUAUCGGUAUAAAACCGAAUAAAAUCGAAAAAUUAUUGUUAACGCUAUACGAUAAAGAAAAUUAUAUCAUUCAUUAUCGCAUGCUAAAAUUAGCAUUACAACACGGUCUAGUAUUAAAAAAAGUACAUCGAGUACUUCAAUUCGAACAAAGUUGCUGGCUCAAGCCCUACAUCGAUAUUAACACACAGCUACGUACGCAAGCUACCAACGACUUUGAAAAGUCGUUUUUUAAAUAUAUGAUAAACUUCGUCUUUGGUAAAACGACGGAGAAUCUGCGUUUACGUGCAGAUAUCAAACUUGUCAACAAGUGGGGUGGGCGAAGUGGUGCAGACAUAUCGAAAAUAACGAUGUACAGUUUUCUGUACGACUUUUUAAAACCUAAAUAUGGAAAAAAUUGUACGGUUGCCUAUACGGACACCGAUUCAUUUGUUUUAUCUGUUAAAACGGAUGAUUUUUAUGCUGAUAUGAAGGCGAACAUUGAACGGUUUGACACAAGCGACUAUCACAACGAACCCGCGAAAUGGAUAGAUAAAAAUCUAAAGGAUAAUGUUUGCGAUAUGCCAAGAGUUAAUAAAAAAGUGCCCGGUAUUUUCAAAGAUGAAUUAAACGGGGAUAUUUUGGUAGAAUUUGUCGGUCUACGUGCAAAAUGCUAUGCUGUACUACCGUUCAAAGCUAAAAUGGAAAUAUGUGAAUGUCCAGAAAGAGCUGUACCACCUCGCGUUAUAACAGAUAGCGACUAUGUUGACUGCAUCGAGAAGAAUUGUAUCAUCGAUAAAAAAUCUAAGGUUAUUAAAAAGUCUAAAGACAAUUAA